AAGUCAUUGGUCUGCAAUUCCGGUGUAAUCACCGAAUAUAGCACUUAUUGUCACAUUCCGUGCGAUAACCCCAUUAAGAUAACCGGCCACUGCUGCCCGUCGUGCGAGAAAUGCGAGCCCUUCCGCGAGGGACAGCCCAUUGCCAGCCCCUACAACAUCACCGAUCCGUGCAUUAAGUGCGAGUGUGUCAAAGGGCACACCAUCUGCAGCAAACACGCCUGCCCUGUGCUUCCCUGUCCAGAGUCCAAGUGGUAUACACCGAAAAACGAGUGCUGUCCCAUAUGCAAGGGUCACAGAAAAGUGCAAGACUUUGAGGGGAACUGUAUUAUGAAGCUAUCCGUCCAUAGAGAAGGGCAUACUUACGCGUACGAUCACUGCACUAAUUGUGUUUGUAAUGACACGACAAAUAUCUGCGAGCGACAGGUGUGUCCACCGCUGGCGUGUUCGCCAUCCAAUCAGAGGACAGAACUGGGAGAGUGUUGUCCCAAAUGUCACGAACCACAAGAAGCGCAGACUACCUGUUCCUUCAGAGGCAAAGAAUAU